UAUGAAUUUCUUCCCUAUUGCUACGAUUUUGCAGAAAUAUUGCCGUUCAAUAUCCUAUAAUUAUACAAAAUUUAGAACAAAUCAUCGUCCGGGACGUCGUACGCUCCCCUUGUCAGCUGUACCGGAAGGACGUCACGGGUAUUUGAAUAGCCUGAUGGCGCCAUCUGUGACGAGAGCAAACGAAUUUGUACGAGGCUGACCGAAGCAGUCAGUCGCGGUCGCCAUUUUGUCGGGUAGUCAUCGGGUACGUCGUGUUUCUUUUCGGGUUGCUGUACAAUUUUCGGACAAGCAUCUCCGGAAAAUUUGGGGUCCGGCACUUUCGUUCGUUCCCCCAAAUGGCUUGUUUGAACACCCUUAAGCAGGAGAUCAAAACUCUUGAGUCCGUCUUCCCUAAGAGCCAUGAGAGAUUUCAGAUAAUGUCUGCGAGUGUGGACGAACUCAGCUGCAGGUUCGUCGGUAAAAAUGGGAAGAAAUACGAAAUACACGCCAAUAUUACAGUAAGUGUAACAAGCAUGGAUACAAUUUCGGACAGAGAAACCUAUCCUUCGACACCACCAGUAUGGUUCGCAGAAUCAGAGGAGACAAGUGUCACGAAUGCGGUACAAAUUUUAAGUACUACCACAGGAAGAGACAACCAUGUCAUUAAUCAAGUUGGGAUUCUCUUAAAAGAAUUAUGUAGACUUCACUCGUUACCAGAACCUCCAGAUGUUGAAAGGUUGAGGACAGCUUUGGAUCCGUUACGCUUAGGAGGACCAAAUGAAGCUGCUGCACAAAGGAUGGAAGCAGAAGAUGCUGAAGAUAUUGAUGAAGACGAAGAAAGUGAUACAGAGGAGGACCUUCAUUUAGAUAUGGACGAAGGAGAUGUUAAUGCCAAGAGUAAGGGUGAAGAAAUAGAAUUGGAACAUCUUGCAACAUUAGAAAGGUUGAGACAAAAUCAAAGACAAGAUUAUUUAAAGGGAUCUGUCUGUGGAAGCGUGCAAGCCACAGACAGACUCAUGAAAGAAUUGCGCGACAUUUAUCGAAGUGACAGUUUCAAAAAAGGAAUGUACAGCAUAGAAUUAGUAAAUGACAGUUUGUAUGAAUGGAAUGUCAGGCUGAUGUGUGUUGAUCCUGAUUCACCUUUGCACAGCGAUCUCAUACUUCUAAAGGAAAAGGAAGGAAAAGACAGUAUUCUUCUUAACAUGCUGUUUAAGGAAACGUAUCCUUUUGAACCCCCAUUUGUUAGAGUCGUGCAUCCCAUGAUCUCUGGCGGGUAUGUCCUUAUAGGAGGCGCUAUUUGUAUGGAGCUCUUAACAAAACAAGGUUGGAGUUCAGCCUACACAGUCGAAGCAGUUAUCAUGCAGAUUUCAGCAACAUUAGUGAAGGGAAAAGCGCGCAUACAAUUUCAAGGACCGGGUAGUGCUAGCAAAGUGUGUGGACAAGGCCAAUACAGUCUAGCACGUGCACAACAAUCAUUCAAGUCUCUUGUACAAAUACACGAAAAGAAUGAACUCGGCAUAUACAGUAUACCGUCAACACAGGUAUUUAAAUGUUGUUAUAGGUUGGUUUACCCCUCCAAAAGAGGAUGGCUAAUGAACACGAGUCCCUGGGAAACAAAAGUUUGGGGCGUGCUUACAGCUGAGACUUUAAUUCGACAGGAGGUUCCAGGUCAGGCUCUCCCUGGCUCUCCCUGGACUUUCCCAAGAUUGAAGACAAGUGAUGGGACACUUAUACCUUCUUUAACCAUGAGAAGUAUGGAGGAAGCAGUAUUUCCUCACUAGUCUUGAUUUGCCAUCGCGUGGAAAGACAGGGGGUUCCAGAUCAGGUUCUCUCUCAGCUCAUUUUUGUAUCCUCUAGGAUUUCUUUGGCUCUCAUUUAUGUCCUCAGGAGGAGCCUACGUUGCGCCCUACUGUACACACGUGCAUAUCAUGCACGCACACACACGUCCACACACACACACAUACACCAGCUCCGAUUCGUGUAUAUAAAUAUACAUAUUCCGUUCCUUGUAUUUCAUCUUCGUAUGCGAACAUGUUCGAAAACGAAACUUUCGCUAGAUCACGGCACCCUUAUCCGAAGAAAAAAACAUACUAUUGACUUAUCGACGCGUGCAAUUGUACAGGAGAUAUGAACGUGCAAAAACAACGACAAGUACGAAGAUGAAGAUGAGAUACAUAUGUUAUUUUGACGAUAACACGUGUAUGUACGAUGUACUCGUAAACAUAACGAAAUUGGAUCGAUCGAGCGGGUUAGCAUGGGUCACCAGGUUUCUUUCUUCGAGAAAUUCGUGCGAGCAGUAUCGUAAUUAAAACUCUAGAUUUUUAAGUGAACAAGGUGUGUACAAUCAAUGAGCUCAUUGUCAGUGGGCAUCAGUGAUUUGUACAGCCUCCAACGCCUGACUGACAUUGAGUACUGGUUGUUUGACGUCGUUAACCGUUAUGUUCUUUGUCAAAAGAGAAGAAAAAAAAUCACGAAAAAGAACAAAAAAAAAAAACGAAGAUACCUUUCAUUUCUCGUGUCUUGUUAAGUUUCUCUAUUUCAUUGAAGAAUUUUGCGAAGCGUAAUAUUGUAAGCAGCCACGUGGCCUGUAUAUUUUUGCUACAAAUAUCGUUAGUAGUACCACCGUUUUGAACGAUACGAAUUUACUUGCGUCUUUUCUGUUCUCUUUGUUUUCGUCUCGUUUUUAUCCAUUUGACGUUCGAGAAAGUACAUCAAUGUAACUAACCGAUCGAUGAAUCCACGCAGAAAUUUUUUUCUCAGCUGUGAAAUAAAUGAUGGUCUUUGGUAGAUGCAAAAGUAACGGGAAUUUUCGUGAUGGAAAUUGUAUCUGUUUAUUUAAUAUUGGAGAAAGUUAAAUGCGUUAACUGCCACUGUGAAAUUGGAUGUUAGGAAGCCAUAUUCACACUUUGACAAUUUAAUUUUUUAAUGCAAUGUAUUUAUUUUUGUAUCGAACAUUUAUGUACGGAUGUUUCAGUAAUGUACGUCACGAAAUUACAAGUUUUCAAAUUACA